AUGUCGUCCCCGCCGCCGUGUUUUAGGUGUUCCAAAUCACUAUUAUUGCUGCUCUUUUCCCUAGUGAUCUGCCUCUCCUCUCUCCCACUGUCCCCGGCGGCGCCUUCGCCUUCGCCUUCGCCUUCACCCUCCCCCGCCCCCUUUCCUUCCCUCCACCGCCACCACGUGCCCCACUUCACCUACAUGGGCAGGAUGGCCCCACGCUGGCACAAGCGCACCCUUGAGUACGCCUUUUCUCCCGACCACGGGAUCAACUACCUGGACCCCGCAGAGGUGAGGGCCGUGUUCGCCCGCGCGUUUGCCCGCUGGUCCGCGUACAUCCCCGUGACCUUCACGGAGACGGAGGACUACGAACAAGCGGACGUGAAGAUCGGGUGGUACAGCGGGGACCACGAAGCAGCUGUAUCAGAAACAACGACUAUGACAAAAAUCAUCAAGGAGAUGCUCCCUCCAGAUGUUCGCGUUGCAAGAGAUACUCAAGACCUUCUAAUAGAGUGUUGUGUAGAAUUUAUCAAUCUGAUUUCAUCAGAAUCCAAUGAAGUAUGUAACCGGGAAGACAGAAAAACAAUUGCUCCAGAACAUGUCCUCAAGGCCUUAGAGGUUCUUGGAUUUGCGGAGUAUAUUGAAGAAGUAUAUGCUGCAUAUGAGCAGCACAGGCUGGAGACUAUGGACACAAUGAGAGGUGGAAAAUGGAGCAAUGUAGCAGAGAUGACGGAAGAGGAAGCACUUGCGGAGCAGCAAAAGAUGUUUGCAGAGGCUCGUGCGAGGAUGAAUGGUGGGCCCUCUGCCCCCAAGCAGCCAUCAGAGCCUCACAACCAGCCAACACCCAACAGCUAA